GUUAUAUAUGUUAUGUCUGACUAAAAUUGUUUACACGCAAUUUAUUCUUCCUUUUUUAUAACUAAGAUCUUUUGUUUGUUAAGUUUUUAUGUUUUGGGAGUCAUUCUACAUCCUACCCCAAACCUCCUGCAGAAUAACAGGGAUGGUGGUGUACAGGGUCGAAACCCGGGAACAUUGAGAUUUCAGUCUUAGUCUAGUUAAUAAGUAGAUUAUCAUCUGUAGAUGAGAUGGUCUACUCUAGAUAAUUUAUUUUUAUAGAUAUAAAAUAACUUUCUAUAGAAUAGGUGGAUUCUAGGCAGUAUUAUGAGUAUCCAUGAAACGAAUUUUGGAGACUAGACUAAUCAUAUUAUUAAUCAAACCUAGUCUAGUAUAAUAGACAUUGCUAAAAGAACUGGAUAAAAAAAAGAUUCCCAACUACACCUAGAUCUAAAGAUAUUUUAAAAUGACCUAUCUAGUGAGCUACCAUGAUUUAUGAUGUGAAUUAAAAUAAUGAGUCCAAAAAGGAAAACGAAAUUGCCACCUCCACCAAGUAUUGUGAUGCAUUCAAUUACUUCUUUAUUUGAAAAACAAAAUGAAAAACUUCAAAAUAGGCUAAAAUCUACCUCUAGCAUUGAAUUAGAUGAGGAUCUUCAAAUAACAAAAGUUGAAAUAGCUUCCCCUUAUUUUAAGAAAGACACCACAUAUAGUUCUGCAUUUACACCACUUACAGCACUAAAUACUUAUGGAAAAGGUACAACCAAAAAAAGGAAGUUAUCACUUAAUAAACCUUUAAGCAGUACUGAUUUCAACCACUCUCAAAUAUCACUUAAUGGUGAUUCAAAAAACACAAAUACUUUUAAAAAACUAAAUGAUAUCAACUUGAUAAAGGAAGAUUGUAUUAGUUCAGACAUAGUAUGCAAAAAUGUAAAUAAUGGUGUUCCUGAUGUUUCUCCUACUACCAUGUCAUUGGUUGAAACAGGGAAACCAUUGCUAUUAGAUGGUGUAUCAACAUUUUUGAAUGAGUCAUCUUCAAACAUUGAUCUACAAACUAAAACACAACCCACAAACCAACAGUUCAUCUCAAACACUGUGGAUCCAUUUUCUGGUAGAGUAUCAAACUUGGUUUAUGAAGACAAGCAAGAGCAGCACAUAUAUUCAAGGCCACAGAGUGAUAAGGAAGACAUGGGGACUGAAGAAGGACUUACAGAUAUUGUAACUGAUAACAGCGAUGCUUUUAAAGUUCCAUACUACUUAAAUAAUUUUGAAGCUAUAUUACAUUCUGUGAUUAGUGAUGCAUCUAAUGGAUCAUUAUUUAAUUCGGAGGAUCUGUCAGUAAUAACAUCCUACAAAGCGUUAACAGAAUCUGCAAAAAAAUUGUACAUAAGAAUGUUUUGUCGAAAAAUGCAUUGGAUUCCAUUAAGUCGACUAAAUUACCCAGAAAUAGCAGAAGAUCUAACUCCAUAUUUAUUAGAGCUGCAGAGAAAUUUAUUCAUUUACUGCGAGGAUGAUUUAAAUGACCUUGAGCAAGUCUUGAAAUCCCUGUCAGCAGCAGAUAUAAAAACACUAGCCAAGUCUUACCAUAUAGCUGAUCAGACUGCUCAGCAAAAAAUGCAUUUAGUGGAUGAGCUCAUGAAAGUGUCUCGAAGAAACUCCAUAGGCUCCCUCUUUGGAAGUAAAUCUGGAAAUAUUUCGAGAGCAAUGCUAAUCAAAGCCAAAACAUUUUUAAAAGGAAUCUUUAAACUGCGCUUAGAACCAAGGAGAGUUUUUGUUCGAGUGAUAAUGUUAUAUUCUGUAGUAAACACCUCUGUAGAUGAAGACACUGGAGUCAGUGGACAAACUCAGUUAUUUCAAAUGCUGAUGGUCAAUAUGGGCAAACUGGUUUAUCCAACAUACACUGUAAAUAAAGUUCACAAUAUAUUUAGCUGCAGAGAGGAUGUUAUAAGAUUUGAACACGCCCUCCAACUAGAGUCUGACCUACUUCAUUGUGUUCAGAGAGGUCAGUGGGACAAAGCGUAUGAUGUUUUCAAAUGUGUGGAGGAACAGUGGGAACUUCUUAAGUCUGAUGAACACAUUGAAAAGUGGAAUAGAAACUUGCCAGAUUACCUCAGGGGUUUCACUGCAACGUCUGUUCUCAACCGUUUGAUGACUGUGGCCAUAGACAUUUUACAGCGGAGAAAAGAUUUUACAACAGCUGUGGAGCUUUUGAAGAGACUACUUUCCCAGGCUAUAUAUAACUGCAGUCAUCGAGGGUAUUGGUGGGAGCGUUUAGCUUUGAAUUUGGAUGUACAUUUGAAGGAUCCUAAAAAGUCACUGGAUGUUAUAGCUGAAGGUCUGGCAGAUAAACAUGUCAUUGGUGGUCACAGACUGGCAUUGUACUUGAGAGCUGAAAGCAUUUGUCAAAAAAAUAGGUCAAAACUGAAAGAUCGAUUCACAGAAUUUUAUCAUGACCCAGUCAAAGAACUGCCAAAGGUGUUUUUAGAAGGGAGAGUACUUCAUGAUGGUGUGAGUAAUAAUGGCACUAAGUUCUUAACUGAUGAAUCCUAUGCCGAUGGUAACUCUCAAGACAUGACAGUAUGUGGGGUGGAGGAAUUUGUCCUGGCUUACUACAAGAAAAAUGGUUUCCCAUCUGGUAUCCAUGCUGAAGGGUCCAUUGUGUCCACACUCUUUGGAAUAUUCUUUUGGGAUAUCAUCUUUAUGCCAUUACCAGAUGCAUUUCACAGUCCAUAUCAAGUGCUCCCUUUAGACUUUUAUUCUGAAGCUUUUUAUGAGCGAAGAAAAGAUGUGAUAGAGGACAGGUUACAAAAGUUGUCCAACAAUUCUGUUCAGGAGCUAGAAUCUAUUGUAGAAGAUAUAUAUGGCCAGCAUGAAGGUUCACAGUGUAUAGGAAUAAAUUGGGAGCGAAUGAGAUCGGCUGAUGUUGUAAAGGAGAUUGUUUCUUGCCUUGGUGGGCAGCUUCUUAGUGGAGUUAUUGCUAGAUAUGCUCAAUGUCCACGGCACACAAGAAGUGGUUUCCCAGACCUGACUCUUUGGAAUAGUCAAACAAAGAAGUUAAAGAUUUGUGAAGUUAAAGGGCCUGGCGAUAGAUUGUCACAUAAACAGAUACUAUGGAUUGACUACCUCCUUAAACUUGGCAUUGACGCUGAAGUAUGUCAUGUGAAAGCUGUGGCUGCUAAAAGACUGAGAUAUUGACUGACUUCAUGCACAAUAUGGACAUUCACUUCCUAAAAUCUGGCAUUAUCAAAUAGUAUCAUGUGGGAAAAAAAAUGUUUUUCGGUAAUUAUUGACUUGUACACUACAAAUAAACUAAAGUAUUUCAAUUCUAAUGAUGUACACAUAAAUAAUGCAUUAGUUUUUACUUGAUGUUUUACUGUCAUAAGCUACAAUUAAUUUGUGUUCAACUUCUAAAUUGUUAUAUUUUGAAUGCUAUUAGUAAGGGCAUUACUUUAUAUUUUUUUACAUUUUAUGCAAAUUAUAAUAUUAUGCAUUUAUUAUUUUCAACCUAUUCCUAUAAUAAAUGUUAAAAUCUUUCCAAAAUAAAGUGCUUUCAACUAGAUCUGUCUACAAUUGUAUUUGAAUUACUGUGCUAUUGAUAUUUUUAGUUUUAAAAAUAGAAUGGGAUUUAAAGACCUUCGACUGAAAAGUGAUACAUUUUUUAUAUAUUAAAAAAUUUUUAAUUUGAUCUGAUGAAAUCUAAUGGGCAAAAGAAAAUGAAUCAAUGAGUUAAACAGCAUGCAUCCUAUUCACAAGGUAAACAGUAGACAAGUUCUGACAACAUAUGGAUCAUUAUAUUGAAUCAAGGUUUCUCAGUUACUCAAAUAGUUAUUUCUUGCACUCUGAGCUGCAGAAAUGCAUUCUUCUGGUAUCUACAGCACUUCAUCCUAGUCAAAAGAGUUCAGAUGAUGCUUCUCUGUGCUUAGACGAAAUUCGAUCAUUCUGACAAACACUGGAUUGCAAGAAAAUGUUUUGAUACAAUUUAGUUGCAUCUGCUUUUUAUGAAAACUGUAUUAAAGGUUCUAUUUCAGAGAUAAAAAAAAGCUGUAUCUCUAUUUAAACAUUUAAUCUAUUCGCAUUGCUAAUAAAGUAUUUUUGAUCAAUAUUAUUUAUAAACAAUUUUAGUGGCAGAAUCAUAUUUAGGUUGCAGGAAGAUGAGAAAUACAUUCAUAAUAAAACAUACUUUGCAUUUUAAUUUAUAGUACUGGGGUAUUCAUUAAAUUCCCUUUACGAAUGACUCGAGCAUACUUUGAUAGAAACAAGACAAAAGAAGGGCCCAGUAAUUGGUAAGUAAUAAAGGGCCUUUUUUGGAUAUUUUUUGAUGAUGGAUAACAAAGUCAAAAUGUAAUAACAAUAGUGAUUUUCAUUUCUGACAAAAGGAAUAGGUCACUUCUGGCCUAUUAGAGUAGUGAAUCAUAGGAAACCUUUAUGUGUGUAUAGAAGACACUUUGAACCAUUAAUGUUUUCUUCCUCCAUACAAAUGUAGAUUUCCAUCAUGGUUGCUGCAGUCACUCGAAACCAAUGCCUGUAGAGUUAGAACCAACUCAAAUAGUUUACAUAUAGACUUGAACUAUAGGAUACGAAAUCCAAACUACGUAUUAAAUAUUAUUUUUAAACUUUUUUUAGAAAUAUGCAUGUUCAAUGUGCUUAGUUUUCUAAACAUCAAAUUUGUAUCAUCACUUGAAUUUCUAAGUGUGGACUCUUUAGUUUAUUGUGUUGAUAUUUUUUCUAUAGGUGUAUUUUUAUUUUAUUUUUUUUUUGUGUGUUUGAAUUUACAUUAUUUUGUGGAAUCUCUGAAAUAUAUUGAUAUUUCAUUA